CAUGUUACAGAGAGUCUGAGAUUAAAGACGUCUUCGCAACUCUCGCAGUGCCAUUUAACAAUUUCCUUCAGAAGCUUGUGCGCACGGGUUCUCACAUAUGAACUGCGUGAAUGCUUUCGUUUCUAUAGGUGCUUCCGUAGAAAACGAUAUCCCCAGUGAUCUGGGUGCGGUUUCUCUUGAGGAGCUGCUGGACAGACGCUAGGAAGAGGCGACACAUUUAUUUCUUCGCACAUCUUGACCGCGCUUUUGUUGUCUGAUCGACGGUACUCGAACACUUACAACAUGCUGCAACGUUUUUAUGGACUUGUUUAUUUUUCAACAGUUUUACUGUUUGUGACUCUCACAGGUGCACAAGCUGAAUGUCCUGUUCAGCUAAACCCACAGAGAGCUGUUGUGAGAUACGGAGGUUCUGUAGUAGUUAACUGUAGCACUUCAGUCUCACAUAAAGGGAUGGGAUGGGAAGCCAGUGAAGGAGCAGUGCCCAAAACCAGUAACAGUCUGAUCACAUGGAGAGUGUCACACCUGACAGAAUGGGACAUAAAGCCAUUCUGCUUCAUAAACUAUGAGGGACAGUGUCUAGUAGAGCUCACAGUCAUUAUUUACAAGACUCCAGACAGUGUGUCCAUCAGCAUUGUGAAACACACAGGACCAAUGAUAGAGGGACAGCAGUAUGAGCUUCAGUGUGAUGUUCACGAUGUGGCUCCUGUUCAGUAUCUCACUGUCAAAUGGUAUAAAGGACAGACUCUGCUGAAUCAAACCACCUUCACUGAGGAUAGCAGGACUCCAGUGAAUGUAAACACCACACUCCUGAUCCGUCCAGUCAGAGCUGAUGAUGGAGCUCAAUACUGGUGUGAAGCAGAGCUGGAUCUGGGAGCAGAAGGACCUCAACCUCCUCCAAAAGAAACAUCAGACCCUCUCUACAUUACUGUAUAUUAUAAACCAAAACACUCCAGUUCAACAGAGACCAUCAUUCAAAAGGAUGAGGUUAAACUAACGCUAAACUGUACAGUGAAAGCAAACCCGGCUCCUACAUACACAUGGCACUCAGAUCAUCUGAAAGAAGAGAUAAGUUCCUCAGUGCUCCAGUCCUCCACACUCAGUCCAGGAAACUACACGUGCAAUGCCACAAACUCUCAGGGAAGUGACAGCAAAGUGUUCAUCAUCAAAUCUGAGCCAAGAAACAGAACCACAUUCUGGGCUAUUGUUUCAUGCGGCGUGGCCGUGGCUGUGGUGUUAAUCGCUGUCUAUGUGAUAUACAAGAUUAGGAGUUCCAGCAAUUCUAUAAUUUGAUGGAGAAGAGAUGACACCAAAGGGGUAUGUUCUCCUCAGGGAGAUCAUGAAAAACUUGAAUAUUAUGGGUUAUUCUUUAAAGCGAUAGGCUAGUUCACCCAAAAUAAAAAAAAAACUGCUGUAUAAUCAAUAAUCUAUAACAACACUUUCUCCAUCCACUGUUGUGCUUUCACAUCAAAAUCCACCAACAUAUUUGUUUAGAACCGGUUUCACUUGUAAAGCAGAUUUUAAUUUUGGGUACACUUUUCCUUUAAUGAGCUGAUGUGAUUUUGCAUGGCUUGGGGUGUUACAGUAUUGGGAACUGUUACAGCACUUUUUAAAAAAAUCACUGUAUUCAGUUUCAAAUUAGAUUUGUUUUUAUGUAUCUUCAUUAAUUAUUCUGGUCCUGAUAGGACAAAAUCAUGUCUCGUAACUGUCAUUAAAUAUAACCACUUUUUUUGUGGAAAUCCCAUUACUGUACAACACUACAUUAAUUUU